UACAUUAGGUUGGCCAUCCUAACUCAAUUCCCCUAUUUGAAAAUAGGAGGAAGCGGAACCGGAGAGAAAACCUCAUCUUUGACUGCAAUACGUUCCGACUCUACUGUACGGUGCACACUCUCCUCUCUAGUUACUACCAGUACCAUUUUUAAUGGAUGCGCCGUUUAUUCCAAAGCGACAGUACGAUCCGGCCACCGAACCUUUCAGCCCAUCGGCAAAACGCCGCCACCAACCGCCGCCAGCAUCCUCCUCAACACCUCCGCCCUCAAUCUCCCACCGUCCGCCUCCGAAUUUAAAAAUCUCCGCCAACGAAACCCUGUUCCGCAUCCUCUGCCCUGCUAACAGGACCGGAAGCGUCAUCGGGAAAGGCGGAGCUGUCGUCCGCCAAAUCACGGAUGAGACCGGAGCCAGGAUCCGUAUCGAUGAUGCCCCUCCUCACUUCCAAGAGCGUGUUAUUGUAGUUAUCGCUGACUCGACUAAGAAAGAUAAUUCAGAUAAUAGUAAUUCGAGUUUAAAUAAUGAGGAAGAGGGAUUGCAUUCAGCCGCACAGGUUGCGUUGGUUAAGGUGUUCGAGAAGAUUAUAAAAGUGGAUGGAGAGGGUAGAGAGGAAGGGGCUGAUGUAAAUGUAGGUGGGGGAGUGGUAUCUUGUAGGCUGUUGGCUCCGAUUAUGCAGGUUGGGUUUGUUUUGGGGAGAGGAGGGAUGAAUUUGGAGAGAAUUAGGCACGAAACUGGAGCUCUGGUCAAGGUUUUGCCGAGAGAUCAAAUGCCACCAUGCGCAUGUCCAGGGGAUGAGUUGAUUGAGAUAAGUGGAACCUUUUCAGCUGCAAGGAAAACCUUGUUGUCAAUUUCUGGUUGUCUUCAGGAUAACCCCAUGGCUGAUGCAUCCAGCCCCACUAUUCCGAACUCCUCUGGUGUGGGACUUCAUGGAAAUGGUAUGCGUCCACAUAUGAGCCCUUUUCCUCAACAGUGUUAUGCACCUGGUCAUCAAAGUGUGGAUAAUGGCAUGAACAAUAGGAUUUACUUUGAAGAUGAGGUGGUUUUUAAGUUGUUGUGUCAAGUUGACAAAGUGGGGAAUUUAAUAGGAAAAGGUGGCACAAUAGUACGUGCGCUGCAGGCAGAAACUGGUGCAUCUAUCAAGAUUGCUGAAGCAGCAGCUUCCGAUUCUGAUGAGAAAGUUGUCGUAAUAUCUGCACGAGAGAACUCUGAACAAAGUCGUUCUCCUGCACAAGAUGCUGUUAUUCGUGUACAUGGAAGGAUUGCUGAGAUUGGAUUUGAACCUGGUGUUGCAGUUGUUGCUAGGCUUCUGGUUCAUUCCAAUCAGAUCGGUUUUCUCUUUGGUAAUGGUGGAGCUUUCAUUGCUGAAAUAAGGAGAAUGACUGGUGCAAGUAUUUGCAUAUUUCCCAAGGAACAAGUUCUUAAGUAUGGUUCCCCUAAUGAAGAAGUUGUACAGUUUCUGUUCCACAUUGGAAUCAAUUCUAUUAAGUCAUCGUCUCAGAAGAGAAUUCAACUGACUUGGUUAGGGAAUUUGAACGGUUAA